AUGCCAUUUAUGGGUCAUCUCGUAACCUCUGAAGGGUUGAAAGCAGAUCCAGAUAAAAUCGACGCUAUAGUCAACAUGCCCAAACCUACAGACGUAAAGGAUGUACGGAGAUUAUGUGGAUUUAUCAAUUAUCUGGCAAAGUUCAUGCCACAUUUAUCCGAUGUGAUGGAGCCACUACGACAGCUUACACAUAAAGAAGCAGAAUGGAAAUGGAUGCAUGAGCACAACGCUGCCUUUGAAAAGAUCAAACGUAUGGUGGUUGCAACACCGGAACUGAAGUACUACAUCCCUGACGAAGAGUUAACCAUCCAAUGUGAUGCCAGCGAUAAGGGAUUGGGAGCUGCCCUUCUACAGCAAGGGCAGCCUGUUGCCUUCGCAAGCCGUGCCCUGACAGAUGCCGAAACAAGAUACGCUCAGAUUGAGAAAGAGAUGUUGUCGGUGGUGUUUGCUCUUCACAAAUUUGACCAAUACGCGUGUGGACGACGGGUAACAAUCGAGAAUGACAACAAGCCACUGGAAGCCAUAGCUCGAAAACCGCUUCACGAUGCACCCAAACGGAUUCAAGGGAUGUUGCUGAACAUACAGAAAUAUGACACCGUGAUUUCCUACAAACCUGGACCUCAGAUGUAUCUGGCAGAUACUUUGAGCAGAGCCUUUUUGACCAGCAGCGCCAACACACGAGGAGAAUUUGAAAGAAUCAACGCACUCAAAGCCAUUUCACUUUCCAAAGAGAGACAAGAACAGAUCAAAAGAGAUACAGAGCGCGAUGAUGUUCUCCAACGAUUAAAUGAAGUCAUAGAUUGA